AUGGCGACAUGGUUCGUUCUCGCAGUCGCUGAUCAGAGGGAUUACAAUCGAAGAGGCUUCGUACCAAUAUCGGACCGUAUGCCGCAUAUUUUUGUGAACCCUAGCUGCACCGACUUAAAGCGAAUCAUCCUGAAACAGGCAUGGGAGCAGGCAGGAUGGCUUGCAAAGGCCCAAACAGCAAACAAAACUGGGUACCCGUAUUAUCAGGCGCAUAAGUUUUAUCUGGGCACAGAAUGGAACUCAACCGCUGACAGAAUGUCGAGGUGGCGGAGUAGGUUUAUCCGUAAGAACUUAGAGCGGCUUGGGGACCUGUUUUCCGCUAAAGUAGAUAAACACGAGGUAAUCUACUGGUAUUGCGAAGACGAGCAAUCGAAAUGUGCUCCGGGACAGGUCUCAGGGAUGACUAGUAACAAACGCGAGGGUAUAAGUUUCCCAAAGAACUCGCACACGACAAUUCGGUGUCCGGACUUCUUCUCCCUGCUUACCGUUGCAAACUUCCACGGCCGUGCGGAUUUUGAGUACAACGUUAUGGAAAAUUAUGAGGUCAAUAAUUUUGCCGUGGUGAUGCUCCACGAAGUCUGGAAAUACGCAGAUCUGGUGUCCUAUCCGGCCAUAAAAGAAGAUCAGCAGUACAUACAAGAGGGUCGUACCGAGAAAAUCUGGUCUUUGGCUAGAAACGAGAAUACAGAGGUAGCCUUUGUGACCGCGGACUCAUAUGUCAUGGAUGCACUCGCUAUCUUUAUACAUCAAGGACUCAGAACGAGUAUACCGCCCGCACCUAGGAGAAUUGUUGCUGGCCCGUUGCCUGCUUAUAUAUCGGUCGAGGUACCACCGCCUGCUUACAGCGAUACACCACCAGAUUACUGGGAUGCAGUACGGGGACUGGGUGAUCCAAGUUUGGCAGGGCAGCUAACUGCAAUUCGGCCGUUGUCUACUCCACCGCCUGAGACUACGGAUACAAGUCAAUAG